AUGACAAGCAGCAAGGAGGUCAUGUUCCUUGGUGAAGUUGAGGAAAUUUUGGAUAUCAUAGAACCUGAGCAAUUCAAGAAAAUCAUAGACCCGCUGUUUCGGCAGUUGGCGAAAUGCGUGAGCAGUCCGCACUUCCAGGUUGCUGAACGGGCGCUAUAUUUCUGGAAUAACGAGUACAUUCUGUCACUAAUUGAGGAUACAAGUGCACAAGUUAUGCCUAUAAUGUUCCCGGCAUUGUAUCGCAUUUCGAAAGAGCACUGGAAUCAAACAAUCGUGGCUCUAGUCUACAACGUCUUGAAGACCUUCAUGGAGAUGAACGGCAAAACUGUUUUUGACGAGCUGACCAGCACCCGACCAAAAUGGAACGACAAAAAAGUUGUGCUUUUGUAUAAGUCAGGGAAUAUGCGUCACAUUGCGACAAGCUCUAGGGAACGAAAGCGUGAGAAGGACCGAGAAGAUUUGUGGAAGAGAUUGGAGCAGCUGGAGCUGAACCCUCCCGAUGCUAAUAAUCCUCCUCGUAUAUUCCCCAAUACACCGUUGACUCAGUUCAUUCAGCCGAGACCUAGCUCGACCUCCUCUUUAACUAAAGAAGGGGAAAAAUCACCUGCUAGUGGAAAAAAGCUGUCGAGUGGUAGCGUUGGUGGUACAAGCCCGUCAGGAAAGAAACAGUAA